ACGGCCCAGGGAGGGGGCCACCGCACCUUACUGUACGGACACGCUGUUCUGCUACGACACUCCUACAGCGGCAUGUACCUCUGUUGCCUAGGUACCUCCCGAUCCUCAACCGACAAACUGGCGUUUGAUGUUGGACUGCAGGAAGACACAACAGGAGAAGCUUGUUGGUGGACCAUCCACCCUGCCUCCAAGCAGAGGUCAGAGGGAGAGAAGGUCCGAGUCGGGGAUGACCUCAUCCUAGUUAGCGUGUCAUCAGAACGAUACCUGCACCUGUCGUACGGUAACGACAGCCUGCACGUGGACGCAGCCUUCCAGCAGACCCUCUGGAGCGUGGCUACUGUCUGCUCCGGCAGCGAGGUUGCCCAAG